CGGCGGCAUCUUCCACUCCCCCACCCGCCAGGCCGCCACCCCGGGGGGCCGGGCCGGGCGCGCAAUAGAAAACGCCUCCCCAACCGCAGCCGCAGCGGGGACACACGCGGUCAGCUGCCUACCAAUGCGCCGAGCGAGUUGGUACCAGGGAGGGAGCGCGCGCGCGGGAUACAUCAUAUCCUAGCUUGGCUUUGCCUGCUCUGGGCUCUCUCGCCGGUUGACUUGUUUGGUGCUUUCGGCCGGCGGUUUGGUGCCUGAUUGCUCGGCCUCAACUGACUCGUCGCCUCACCGGCCGAUCGCCGCCGUCUAUAUAGUUGGUUGGUGCGGCAGGAGGGGAAGGUGGCUGUCGUCCGGUCCGGUUCCUCGUCGUGGAUGAGUGCGGCUGCAUUGGCGGCGACAGAGGGAGCGGGAGCGAGAGGAGGACGGGGAAGAUGAGGCGGGCGGGCGGCCGGUUUCGGGCGCGGGAGGCCACGACCACGACCGGCGCCGCCAAUGGGUGCUUCCUCGGCGGCGGAUUUUCGCGCGUUCUGGAGGAGGCGCCGGCGCCGGCGGUGGGCGCUCCGGCCACGGCGGGGAGGGAGGCGCCCCCGGCCGCCGCCGCGGCCGUGGCGGCGAGGAUGACGCCCGCGGUGCUCUUCGUCACGGUGGUGCUCGCCGUGGUGCUGCUCGUCUCGGGCCUGCUCCACGUCCUGCGCAGGCUCUUCCUCAAGACCCACCACGCCAGCGCCGGGGGCGGGGAGCGCCAACUGCAGCACCUCUUCUUCCCGGGCCACGAGGACGGCGCCGGCUCCGGCGGCGGCGGGCUCGGCCAGGCCGCCAUCGACGCGAUGCCCGAGUUCGCGUACGGCGAGCUCUCCGGCGCCGCCGCGGCCGCCAGCAGGAAGGGGAAGGGGAAGGCGGCCCGGCCCUUCGACUGCGCCGUCUGCCUCUGCGAGUUCGCCGACCACGACCGCCUCCGCCUGCUCCCGGCCUGCGGCCACGCGUUCCACGUCGCGUGCAUCGACGUCUGGCUCCGCUCCAGCGCCACCUGCCCGCUCUGCCGCACCAAGCUCACGGCGCGCCACCUCAGCGCCGCCGCGGCGGACGCGCAGGACGUCGAGGAACACAAGCGGCGGGAGGAGGAUCAGGCACCAGUCGCGGCCGCCGCGAGCAGCGUCGUGCUCCCCGUCAGGCUCGGCCGGUUCACGAACGCCGACGGCGACGCCGAGGCGAGCACCAGCAACAGCAGCCGCAUCGACCGGAGGAGGUGCUAUUCCAUGGGCUCCUACCAGUACGUGCUCGCCGACGAGCACCUCCUGGUCUCCGUCCACAUGAGGCACGGCAAUGCCGGCGGCGCGAGCACCGGAACCGCCGGCGUAACCACAUCGAGCAGCGGCGGCGACCAGCAGCACGGCACGAAGGUGUUCGCGCGCGGCGACAGCUUCUCCGUGUCCAAGAUCUGGCAGUGGCGCGGCAGCAAGCGGCUCCCCGCCAGCCUCUGCGCCGCCGACGGCCUGCCGUGGGCGCCGGCGGCGAAGGACCCGGCGGGCACACACAUGAGGCAACAGCAACACAGCGACACUUGAUCACGGUCGACACACACACAUACACACAUGCAUGUCAUGUUGAUGUUGGUUAGCGUUUCUUGGUAGAACUUUGGCGGUAAAAUAGUCCCACGAGCAACCAUGCGAACAAAAAUACAAAAAGAACGUCCUUCUAGGGAGAUCUUGCUUUUUGGCUCUAUUUGUACAAUAUAUGAUGACUUCAAAAAAAAAAUCAUAACUGACGUUAAUUUCCAGGUUUCUGCUCCAGACAUAAAAAACCCUCUAAUUUUUAGUACUUUUACCGGAACAUCCUCGCGUUUACACUCCCGUGCUGGUUUGUACUGGUAGUUCAGUUCCGGUCAAGAUUAGAGAUUACUGUCCACUGCCCCACUGUAAUUGUUUCUUGACAUGUUUCCUCUCACCUGUCUCGUCCAUGUACCCUGAUGAGCUUAACCUGUCAUGUUCAUGUUCA